AGGAGUGGAUGCCUGGAUUCCAGGGCGUAGGAGAUAAGCUGCUGCAGACGUGGGGCCCUCUGGCCACAGGGGCCGGCAGUGAAGCGGGUAGCUCCCAGCCCCAGCAGGGCAUAAAUGCGGGGCACACCUCCCACCCUCAGGACCUGCCCAUCACAAUGGUCGUGGGGAAGGUCCUUCUGGGCUCUGUGCUGCUCCUGUCCCUGCAUCUGGGACAGGGCUGGGACCCUGAUGCCCGUGGGGCUCCUGUGGCCAAUGGAGAGUUCUCGUCUGAGCAGGUGGCAGAGGCUGGAGGAACCUGGCUGGCCACUCACCGCCCCCUCACCCGCCUGCGCCGAGCCCCGUCCGGUCCGUGUCAGCUGUGGAGCCUGACUCUGUCGGUGGCAGAGCUGGGCCUAGGCUAUGCCUCGGAGGAGAAGGUCAUCUUCCGCUACUGCGCCGGCAGCUGCCCCCGGGGUGCCCGCACCCAGCAUGGCCUGGCACUGGCCCAGCUGCAAGGCCAGGGGAAAGCCCACGGCGGGCCCUGCUGCCAGCCCACCCGCUACGAUGACGUGGCCUUCCUGGACGACCGCCACCGCUGGCAGUGGCUGCCCCAGCUCUCGGCGGCUGCCUGCGGCUGUGUCGGCUGA